CCCUGGUGAACUACCACCUGUUAAACAGUGUGCAGUGCUCUGAGGCCAUCAUGGCAGGCUCUGUGCACGAGACAGCAGAGGGAAGCACCGUUGAGAUUGGCUGUGACGGAGACAGCCUGACGGUCAACGGGAUCAAGAUGGUCCUGAAGAAAGACAUCGUCACCACCAACGGAGUCAUCCACCUCAUCGACCGGGUCCUCAUACCUGACUCAGCCAAGGAGGUGAUGGAGCUGGUUGGUGAAUCCCAGAGCACCUUCAGAGACAUGGUGUCAGAGCUCGGCCUAUCAGCUGCCAUGAAGCCAGAGACGGAGUACACGCUAUUGGCUCCCCUCAACACAGCUUUCUCUGAUGAGGUGAUGUCUUUAGACCAGAGCCUGUUGAAGGUGAUCUUGGAGAACCACAUUCUGAAGCAAAAACACAAACUGAGUGAACUCUACAACGGACAGCUGCUGGAGACCGUCGCUGGAAAACGAAUACGCGUCUUCAUCUACCGCACUGCUGUGUGUAUUGAGAAUUCCUGCAUGGUGCGAGGCAGUAAAGAGGGCAGCAACGGAGCCCUUCACCUGAUGAGGUCUCUCAUCAAACCAGCUCAGACCACCAUCUACAAGGUUCUCAUGGCAGAUGGACGCUUCAAUAUCUUCCUGUCUCUGAUGAAGAGUGCAGGUCUGACAGAGCUGUUGAAACAGGAGGGAUCCUACACCGUUUUCGCACCCACAGAUGAAGCCUUCGACGGGAUCACAGAACGGGACAUCACCCUGCUGGCCAGCGACGUGAACGCUCUGAGGACCAUCCUCCUGUAUCACUUCAGUAACGGCGUCUUCAUCAACGGGGGACUGGAGGGUGGGGUCACCAACCUGCUCAAGACCAUCCAGGGACACAACCUGCAAGUGCUGUCUGUGCACAAGUCCAUCCAUGUGAACAAGUCCAUGUCUAUUAUUGACAUUGAUCUGAUGGCCACCAACGGAGUGAACUGUGUGUUGAUCUGUGUGUGUGUGAACAUCCUUUACCCUGGGGACCUGCCUGUGGGUCGCGAGUCCCUACUGGUGCUGCUGAAGAAACUCAUCAAGUACAUCCAGAUCAAGUAUGUCUCUGGAUUCUCCUACACCAAAAUACCCCUCACCUUCAUCAAGAGGACAAUCACCACGACAACUCACGUCCGAGCGGAAUCGCACGUGGAUUCAGUGCCUGAAAUCACCAAGGUGACCAGAGUGAUCGAAGGAGAGCCGACCCUCACCAAGGUUACGAGACGCAUCGAGGGAGUACCGUCCGUCACCAAGGUUACCAGGGUCAUCGAGGGCAAACCCACUAUCACCAAGGUUACCAGAGUUGUCGAGGGCGAACCCGCUAUCACCAAGGUUACCAGGGUCAUCGAGGGCGAACCCGCUAUCACCAAGGUUACCAGGGUCAUCGAGGGCGAACCCACAAUCACCAAGGUUACAAGAGUUGUCGAGGGCAAACCCGCUAUCACCAAGGUUACAAGAGUUGUCGAGGGUGAGCCUGCCUUCAACAAGGUUACCAGGGUCAUCGAGGGAGAACCAAGAAUUACCAAGGUUACCAGGGUCAUCGAAGGAGUGCCUUCCAUCACAAAGGUCACCAGAGUUAUUGAGACUCCCCGUGGUUCCUCCGAUGGAAGGCUGAAGACUGAAGGAGACAUCAACGAGAUGCUUGAGGAAGGCCCGGAAUUCUCUAAGAUCACCACCAUCCACGGCAACCCGGAAAUGAUCGACCAAGAGUCAGAGAGGAUCACCAAACUAAUCCAAGGUGGAGGUGGUAUAGGGGCCCCUGCCAAAAGAGCUCCUGUUGGUGUAAGGAGGAGGAAGGUAAGGCUGGUUAGACGCCACAACAACCAAAAGUCACAUCCAGCCAAGACCAGUCCAUACCAGUCCAGGCCUGCCCAGUCCAUAUCAGUCCAGCCCUGACCAGUCCAUAUCAGUCCAGUCCGGACCCGCCCAGACCAGUAAAGACCAGUCUAAACCAGUAAAACCAAACAAGUAAAGACCAAAUAAAGACCAAUCCAGACAAGUCCAGACCAGUAAAGACCAGUCCAGACCAGUAAAGACCAGUCCAAAUCAAAUCAAAUCAAAUGUAUUUAUAGAGCCCUUCGUACAUCAGCUGAUAUCUCAAAGUGCUGUACAGAAACCCAGCCUAAAACCCCAAACAGCAAGCAAUGCAGGUGUAGAAGCACGGUGGCUAGGAAAAACUCCAUAGAAAGGCACGAACCUAGGAAGAAACCUAGAGAGGAACCAGGCUAUGUGGAGUUCAGACCAGUAAAGACCAGUCCAGACCAGUAAAGACCAGUCCAGGCCAGUAAAGACCAGACCAGUAAAGACCAGUCCAGACUAGUAAAAACCGGUAAUGACCAGUCUAGAGCAGACUAGCCCUGCAGGGAUAUCUUUACAGAUCAACAUAGAGACACUGCAAGGAGCUCGCCAAGGUAUACAGCAACACAAAAACACUUUCUAAGUUCCCUUGAUGGGAAACAAAAGGAAGAACCCAUGUGGAACAUCUAUAACAAUCAAGUAAUCGCCCUGGGGAGCAAAAGAGGUUGAAAAGGUGUUGGAAAUACGCAUUUUUGGGGGUUGAAAAGACGUUGGAAAUACAUCGUUUCAACCAAUUUUGCUCACUGGGCAGCGGUGAACAAUGAAAUCAACCUAGAGUGAAUCAACUGGGCCAAUGGUGUCGGACAUGAUGUUUUAACAAUGCUAAGAGAAUCAGUUAUCCUACACGUAAUGUUUGCACUGUAUGCCAAGAAAGGAACUUUUAUCAACUUUUAUGAACUUUUGCUUUGGUAUGGAUGAGGUAGAACAUUGGAAAUAAUAAUUGUAUGGUGGAAAAGAAUAAACGUUUGUUUUUUGUUAAUCACAUGGUUUAAUAGGGUGAAGACAUUUUGUACGUUUUUUUAUGGUGCUGGCAUUCUGUAUUGUGCAUCUCGACCAAUAGAAAUGAAGCACUCUGUCUUAUAGUUGCUUCUUGACCAAUAAGACUUAAGCAUUCUGAUUUAUGGAUGCAUCUCAACCAAUUGAAAUUAAGCAAUACUUUUUAUCCUUCAAAGAUGCUGUAGUUAUCGAAACUUGACAACCUACCAGGUUUCUUUAGUUUUACUUAGUUUUUAGUUUUUCCUGUUUCGAUUACUGUUUUCUGGUUCAUUUGUUGGGGUUUGUUAUUGAGACUGUUGAUGUUCAGUUGUACAAUAAGACCUACCCAACAUAGACCUACCCAACAUAGACCUACCCAACAUAGACCUACCCAACAUAGACCUACCCAACAUAGACCUACCCAACAUAAUACCUACCCAACAUAGACCUACCCAACAUAAUACCUACCCAACAUAAUACCUACCCAACAUAGACCUACCCAACAUAGACAUACCCAACAUAGACCUACCCAACAUAAGACCUACCCAACAUAGACCUACACAACAUAAUACCUACCCAACAUAGACCUACACAACAUAAUACCUACCCAACAUAGACCUACACAACAUAAUACCUACCCAACAUAGACCUAACCAACAUAAUACCUACCCAACAUAGACCUACCCAACAUAAUACCUACCCAACAUAGACCUACCCAACAUAAGACCUAACCAACAUGUAUUGGAAAUAAAUGUUCAAUAAAUGUUUUUUUAAUCAUG